AUGGCGACGGCCACUCAGCGGGCCGAGGAUGUGGACGUCAUCAAAGGCGCCGACGAGGUGUCGCUGCCCCAGAAGAUGCUUUCGGCCGUGUCUGGGAGCAUUCUGACAUCGUUACUGGUCACGCCCCUCGACGUCGUCCGCGUCCGUCUACAGUCGCAAGAAACACCGCAAAAAACAUCGUCGCACACUUCCCGCGGAUUCAAUGGCUCCACUCUUGGCCAGUUCCGCGACCUGCCGCCAAACACGGGCAUCUCGGCUUGCUGUAGAGAGGUGUUCUGGAUGAACAACAAGGCGCCUUUCUGCGUAGCUGGGCCAACCAUGGCGCCGAUCAACCCAGCCGAUCUGAGCUGCGCGGUCGAAGAGGUGCAACGGAGGACCAUCAAUAGUACCUGGGACGGGUUACGAAAAAUUGCACAGAACGAAGGACCACGGACACUAUGGCGAGGACUGUCACCGACUCUGGUCAUGGCAGUCCCUGCGAACGUCAUCUAUUUCGCAGGUUACGACUGGUUACGAACAGCUCAGGCGUCGCCUUUCCGCCAGGCCAUCCCGGACGCGUACAUACCUUUGGUAGCAGGCGCCUCAGCUCGCACAAUGGCCGCUAUCACUGUCAGCCCCAUUGAGAUGUUCAAAACCAGGAUGCAGUCAGCAAACCACACAGCCACCGCUGCAGGGCACUUUCGCGAAACAAUGGACGGGUUGAGGGAGAUGGUGGGCUCACAAGGUGUUUUCAGCCUAUGGAGAGGUCUCACUUUGACCCUCUGGCGUGACGUACCCUUCUCUGCGAUCUACUGGUGGGGCUACGAAGCCACGAGAAACGCCUUGACUGAUGCCAGGGGACGAGCGGAUGCCAGGAACGACGGUUUCGAGUUCCGCAUGGGCCGAGGGGAAGAGAAGCUCAAGCGACGAAGCCGGUCGCGGAGCCGAGAGAAUCCAAAAGACACCAUCGUUGACAGCUUUAUUGCCGGCGCUGCUUCUGGUGGAGUUGCGGCAUUCGUCACCACACCGUUCGACGUCGGCAAGACCAGACAGCAAGUCGUACAGCACGCAGGCAAAGCCGCCAAGGACGCUGUCGAGACUGUACGACCAGAAGAUCAGUCUAUGCCUCGAUUCCUUAUGCACAUCUACAAAGAGCAAGGGAUGUCUGGACUGUUCAAGGGAUGGGCGGCUCGAUCACUGAAGAUUGCACCUGCUUGUGCGAUUAUGAUCAGCUGCUACGAGCUAGGUAAGAAAGUCUUCAACGAUGCAAACGAGCGCAAACAUCUCGAACGAUCGUGA